UGUGAUGAAAAUCAUGUCCACUAUGACCAACAUUACCCUUCGGCAGCAACGUCUCGAGGGCCUGCAGAAAGAUUUCGAGUCCUCAAAAUCAGCUGCCCGAGAACUAUUUUUCCAUUGGGUUCGAUUCCUGUACAGUGUUUGCGAGCCUGAAUGCCAGAAGCUCCGCGAAUGUAACAUCCUGCCGGAUGAUACUAAGAUCUUCCGCGAGCGAGUGCUUUCAAAAGACCAUUCUCGCCAUCAGAACCAAGACUUAGCUUUGCUAAGUCAUCUUUUUGUAUUAUCUAGAGUCUCUCGUCAGGCAAUUCUCGAGCCUGACCCCUCGUUUACGCCAAAUGAGAAUGUCGAGGUGUUGAUGGAGAUUUUACAGAUCGAACACUGGACUCAACUCGGCACGGGGGCGAAAACCCUAAAGGGAAGGAAUUGGGCUGAUCUAAUCUACUGUUUGGGGAUGAAAAAGCCCAAAGUUUCUUUCGUUCCUCCUGUCCUUCAACGUUUGCUUUCCGAUAUAUCGUGCCAUCAGAUUCUCGAGCUCUACAGCGAAGUCUCUGCAUGCAAUGUACCAAUCAAAAUCGAUGAUGUGUCGCAAGAGGACAGCGUAAAGUUCCUCAUACCUGUUUACCGAUACCCAGCCAUUGCCUGCUCGGAAUACGCAACGUGCGACAAAUCAUUGAGAUGGUUUUGCAAGCUACUUCAACAGUUUCAGUCUUUCAAUCUCGAGACACGCUUUACGUUGCUUAUGGCAGCGGCGUCAAUGCUGAGGAACCUGAUAGAGGUACGGGUGCCGUCCAAAGAACACUUUACGUGGAGAUUUCGACUCACAACGUGGAUUGAUCCUCUUGUUUCCCUUUUCGAAGUGGGACUCGAUUGUUGCGAACAUCAUAUUUGGAUUCAGCUCGAAGAAUGUAUUCGGGAGGAGCUUGAAAUGUUUUGUGAUUCUCAUUCCAAAUCGCACACUAAACUUGUGGGCAUAGUUCGCCAGUUCUUAUUAUGGGAGCCUCUACGUGGAGAAGAGUUACAGGAUGCAGAAUUUAUCAUCAGUUCCGAAGACUUCAAGACUUCUUCCCUCUCCGAAGUCCAACAACCCGCCUUUUCAAAACGAAGGCUUUGUUAGU